GAGCCCAUUUUGGCGCCGACCUCCGGGGACUCCAUUUCUUCCUUGUUGGGGUUUCUGCAUGUGGGGAUUGGGCCAGGAAGAACUGGGGGGGCCCUGCUCAGUUCCACACAAGGGGAAGGGACCACCCAGUGGGGCAGGAAGCCCCCAAGCAUCUCCUUGGGCUGGUGGUAUGUAAAAUGGGGCAGGCGGAGGGCUGGCUGGAACUCUUUUGUUCGGUCCUGGGUUCAAAUGGCGCACCCUACUCCGUUCAUCUCUAUUCCUUAGCAAAAACUUUUUUAAAGCUUGGGGUUUUUUGUUCCCCCUCCUCCCCAAAAGAAAUACAGUUAGGAAAAAUAUUUGUCUGUUUGUUUGUUUAUAUAUAUAUAUUGAGAGAGAGAGAGUAAUGUUUUUCUUUUAUGUUUGCUAUAAAUUUUUUUGGGGGGGGGGAUUUGGAAAAAAUAAUAUGAGAGGUCUUCCCAUUUGCUACAUUUAGGCGCCUGCCCGCAGCACCAUCGCUUUUAUUGCAUUUGAAUCCCACCAGCUAGCCCUGGGGAUUAUCUAAUUGAUUUUUGAAUUUUAUUGUUAUUCAUGUUUUUAUACUGUAUUUUAUGCUGCUUUUAUAAUUAAGUGUUUUAAAGUGUUUUAGAUGUGUUGUUAGCGCCCUGAGCCCGGAUUUUGAACCUGGAAGGGCAGGGUAUAAAUAAAAAAUUUAUUAUUAUUAUUAUUAUUAUUAUUAUUAUCCUGCCAGAAUCCCAAGGUGGCCUAGGCAGUUCUCCCUCUCUCCAUGUUACACCUACAAAGGUCAUCAAAGGUCGUUAAAUCGAUUCGGAUGAAUUCAUCGUUGUUAUUGAACCAGAUUUACAAGCCGCCGCGUCAUCAGAAGACCUCAGAGCGGUUUACAAAAACCACACCCUGCUUUCCUUUGCUCCCAUUUUGCUUUACCAGAUUAGCCUUUCAAAACGGAUCAUAAUACUGUAAUGGGUUCGAGUCCUACCCUCCAGAGCAGGAGAAAACAAGCUUUUUCCACGUGAAAGAUAUUGGAAGAUGGCUCCCAUUUCUCAUCUCAGUCUCUUCUUCUCCAGGCUAAACACCCCCUACUCCUUCAACCGUUCCUCAUCAGGCCCGGCUUCCAGAUCCUUGACCAUCUUGGCCAGGGGUAGUGAAAUAUACUCGGAGUCGAGUGUGGAUUUCAUGCUCUUUAUUCAGCUCAUGGUAGUGAGGAAUGCCAGUUCCCCCAAAAUGUCUGCUUUAUAUACAUUAUUUUCACAAUGGGCCCCACGUGAUUGGCUAAUUCCAGGAUUCUCCUGUCAGCCAAUCAGGUUGCGGAUUCACUUCCACCUGGAGCUGGAUUGGGUGGCUCCCGCGGACCAAUCAGACUGCUGCAUUCUGGACCCUAUUGUUCUAGGACCAAUCAGACUGCUGCAUUCUGGAUCCUAUUGUUCUAGGACCAAUCAGACUGCUGCAUUCUGGAUCCUAUUGUUCCAGGACCAAUCAGACUGCUGCAUUUUGGAUCCUAUUGUUCUAGGACCAAUCAGAAUGCUGCAUUCUGGAUCCUGUGGUUCUAGGACCAAUCAGACUGCUGCAUUUUGGAUCCUAUUGUUCUAGGACCAAUCACGCUACUGCAUUUUGGAUCCUAUUCAACUCAGUACAUAACAGGUAGGCAACCUAAGGCCCAGGGGCCAUAUCCGGCCCAAUCGCUUUCUCAAUCCGGCCCCUGGACAGUCCAGGACUUAGCAUGUUUUUACAUGAGUAGAAUGUGUCCUUUUAUUUUAAAUGCAACUCUGGCUUAUUUGUGGGGCAUAGGAAUCCGUUCAUUAUUAUUUUUUUCCAAAAUAUAGUCUGGCCCCCCACAAGGUCUGAGGGACAGCGGACAGGCCCCCUGCUGAAAAAGUUUGCUGAUCUUGGCCUUGCAGAAUUUCCAGCUUGUGAAUAUCCUUCUAAAAUUGUGGUGCUCAGAUGUGGACACAGUAUAGUGAUUUUACAUUGCGCAGGCCAUUAAUAGUUUUAUAAUUUAAAUUACAUACCGGCUUGCUGAUAUGAUCUCCUUACAUUUUCUGGCCAUUUUUAUUCAGCCAGGCAAUUGCCCAUCCUGUCACCAUCGGUCCUCAGGGGAUGGUACAAGGAGCAGGACCCGUUCUCCGCCAACUCCCCUUUUUAAUUUUUAUUUUCAAUUAAACGAGGCUUGCGGCGGAACAUAAUAGUUCCUCUGCAGCUUUCAAAAUUGUAGACAUUUGAAAACGUUUCUAGGUUUGAGCUGAAAUGUUUUGCAAUGUUAAAACAAGGAGCUAUUUUACAUAUAAUGAGGUGAAAUGUUAAAAGAAGGGGAAAAGUGGUUAUAGAAAUGCUAAGAAUUUAUUAAAAGAUGUUUGGAAGUCAGAAAGAGGGAGGGAAGGUGCUCUGUUUGAGCAAUGCUUAAGGUGAUAGAUUUAUGUAAUAAAAUGUGAUUAAAUAUGGAAAACUCAAUUAAAAAUUAUCUGAAGAAAAUAAUAAUAAUAAUAAUAAUAAUAAUAAUAAUAAUAAUAAUAAUAUUUUCUCUGCAGUUUUCAUGCUAUACUGUGUCCCUGCUCUGUCCUCCGUUCCCGAGACUAAACAGGCUUGUUUCUAUUGUAUUUUAAUAUUCUGUUGGAAGCCGCCCAGAGUGGCUGGGGAAACCCAGUCAGAUGGGCGGGGUAUAAAAAAUAAAUUAUUAUUAUUAUUAUUUCUCUUGGUGCCAGCGGUUCGUGCCAUCAUGUCCUUGAACUGCCUGCCCCGGAAAUGGUCCCUGGCACUGGGACCAGUCUGCUUGUUGCUUUUCCUGGGGGUGGCGCUCUUGCUGCUGCAUAGAGCAAGGUAAGUUUCCAAGGGUUAUUUUUUUUUUUAAAUAGUAAUAUUUAUUAAGUUUCCAACAAAUUAAGCACAGCACUACAAAAAAGCCAAAAAAAGAAAAAAGCAUACAAUACAAUAUAAUGCAUAAUAAAAAAAAGAAAAAACAAACAUAAUAAAAGAAACAAACAAGACAAAACAGAACAAAACAAAAAACAUUUAAAAUUUCAAUUUCAACAUCUUAUCUUUCUUUACCUUAUUUCCUCGACCUCCUCACACCUCCCUUUUUGUAUUCCACUUCUGUUAAUUGUUUCAGCAAUUCCUUUCCAUCUUCCUCUGUUUUCUAUCCUAUAAUUGUCUUAACACAUUCUAGCCAUAUUUUUCCCUUUAAAACUCAAUUAAUCUAUUUAUACUUAAUUCCAAUUCCUAUCCAUCUUCCCCUGUUUUCUAUCCUAUAAUUAUCUUAACACAUUUUGACCUUAUUUUCCUUUAAUACUCUAUUCAUCUAUUUAUACUUAAUUCCUUAUAACAUUUCUACUGAAGCCAUAUAACUUCAUUCCAAUGUUCUUCUAACAUUCAUUAAUUUUACAGUAUUUCUAUAAAUAAUCUUUAAACUUUUCCCAGUCUUCUUCCACCGACUCUUCUCCCUGGUCUCGGAUCUUGCCAGUCUUUUCCGCCAAUUCUAUCUUAUCCAUCAACUUCACCUGCCAUUAUCCAACACUUCUGUACUUCCAGGAGACAACUAUUCUCUCAGCCAGCUAAGAGCAGAUGAUUCACAACAAGGUUUAGGGGUCUGGCAGGGCAGGGCAGGUCCACCUCCUUCUUUAGCAUCCGUCAGUAUCUUAAGUUUUACUCGAGGCUUCCUGCCCUGCCAAACAACUCCAAAAACAUCCCUCUGCCACCUCCUGAUACAAUCCAUCCCAUCCAAAACUUGCACUGUUUGAAACGAAAGCAACAUCCCCGGCAUCACAGCAACCCUCAUCCCCACCACAACAACUCGGCCCAACAAUAGCAACUUCAGAUUUGUCCAUAUUUCCCAAUCCCCCUUCUCUUCAAUCCAACGUCCUUCACAGUUACCCUUAAAUAAAUUCACAUUUUUGGCGGUCAUAGUGGCCCCCAAAAGCCUCUCUUUCUCAACCGAUGUUAGUCCAGUCUCCUCCUGAAGCUCUGUCAGGCUUUCAUUUCCCAAUUAAGGUAGGGCUCUGGUCCUCAAGUUCUUCUGUUUUCCUUUAAGUUCCAUCAUAACGGAUGUCACAUUGAAUUGCCUUUGAAUGGAUGGGGCUCUUUCACAUUCCAGUUGUAUUGUUUUACAUUCAGCAGCAAGGGUUUUCUCCCUGACUUCAUCCGCAGUUUGCCAUGUCGACAUAAAUUCCUGUAUCGAUCUCUGAAUGGUUUCUAUGUUGGUGUUCACCUUUUGUCCCAGAUUGUCUAUUUUCCUGUAAAGCUGUUCCAACGAAUCGUUUAUUUUCACUAAAGCGACCACUAAGGCCUCUUCUGUCGACAUUUCACCUGUUUUUUUCCUUUCCAUUUACCAUAACCCUUGAGAAAUUCAAGGUCGAUCUCAGAGUCUCACAGUUCUUAGCUUGCAGCUGGAAGUCCCCCCUAGCCCAGCUCUUAUAAAGUAACCAAUUUCAGAGAUUUCCACUAGAGGGAAACAAUGUCCCCUUUAAACACAACACAUACAAUCCAAAGUUAAUUUCAGAUUUCAGAUACUUUUUACUCCUUUUUAGAAGCGGCCGGAGACAAUAGAAACAAUGUAUUUCUCUUCCUUUGCUAGCUGUCAAGGAACGUUCUAAGUGCUGUCAAUGAACAUUCCAAAACGUCAGUCCUACUGGCAGCCCGUUUCCAGGGUCAGAGCGGCUUUAUUUUAACUCCCUUCACUCUCUCCUGCAGGCAUACUCAGUCCACAACAUCCCCCCCUCUUCUCCUGCCUCCAAGGGGGGUUUUGUGCUCUUUACCGAUGGAAAUUUAGGCUUUUGCAAAAGGCUUUCCAAGACUUCAGCCUACAGCCUCCUUGCCUCAGUCUGUUUACAAAUAGGGAAGGCGGACUUCCUGUUUUGAACCUCCUCGUUUCGAUGCCAAAUUAAACUUUUAAAAUCCGAUUCUCCCGUCUCAGCUCUACUCACGGGUAAUUACUUUGGAGUCAAAUUGUCCACAGGAAAAACUCAAUGCUCUCCGGCAACAGCUAUGCGGCUUCGCUCCGUGGAAGAAGCAGAUGAUUCGAAGCACCACGCUCUUACCCCACGUUGCUCCGGAUCCCCGAAACCGGGUUUCCCCGCGAGUAGGGGAGGUGCAAAAGGUGCCCGCUGAAUCCCACGUUCACAGGCUUCUCCCGCCUGUGAUUUUUACGGGUCUCCGCCUUCGCCGCGGCGGUACAGACCCUAAUUCCCACGGGGCAAGUUCCUCCAGAUUAGAGGAACUCCGCCAUUGCCGGAGGCACCAACCCGGAAGUCCCCAGUUUCCUUUUUUUUUUUUUUAAUGAUAUUUAUUAAGCAUUUUAAAGUUACAGAAAAAACAAAGAGACAAAGAAAAAGAAAAAAAACAAAGGAAAAACAGCAGUCAAACAAUACAAAUCAAUAAAAAAACAAAAACAAAAACAAAACACAUCAAAAUCCAGAAAAACAAAAGUAAACCACAAACAUUUAAAAACAGAUCCAAUAUUCCCAAAUCCUUAACUGUCAUUGCCUUAUUUCAUCGACCUCCUCACACCUCCCUUUUUGUAUUCCAGUUGUUAAUUAUCACAGUAAAUCCUUCCCAUUUUUCAUAAUAUUCUGUCAUUAAAUUACCUUAAUCUAUUUUAACCUUAUCUUACUAUAAAAAAACCCUAAAACUUAAAACUUAAAUCUUAUUUAUACCAAUUUCUCAUAACCAUAACAUAUUCUUGCAUAGUUCUUUUUAACAUUUCUGCUAAAGCCAAAUAGUUUCGUUCCAACAUUUUUCUAAUACUCAUUAAUUUUACAAAACAAUCCCAAAUAAAAAAUUUUUAAAACUUUCUUCCAAUCUUCAUCCAACGUCUCUUCCUCCUGGUCCCGGGUUUUGUCAGUCCUUUCUGUCCCAUCCAUCUAGUUCAUUAACCUGGUAAUCUUAUGUCCGAGGCCCUUAAGUCUCUUCCAUGUCCCUUCCGCAGAUCUUCUUCAUAUUUAUACCUGUACUUUACUUUGUCUCCUGGUCCUUUCACUCGUGGAAACUCCAACUUGACAGUAUUUUUGUCCCUUCUCAACAGAUCAGCCCCUUUUCCAUAGUCCACACUGAACUCCAUGUGGUAUUUAAAAGCAUGUUUCAAGGUCCCUCCAGAGUUGAGCACCCCCACAACCCCAAACUCCUCACGGCCCAUUGCCAGAUUUGAAAAGUCAAGACAUCCCUGCAUAGGGGGGUCUAUCCAGCCCCCCAUCUCCACACCCAACAAAACUCUAUCUCUCCAAAUCUGGCUUUUUCCAAGUUCAUUUGUCAAAUUCAACAACUCAUGUUCCUGCUGGGCCACAGCUCCCUCCAUCUCUGCCACCCGAGGUCCAACAACAACCUCCUCCCUCAUCUGAUCUGUCAGAGCACACUCCUGAGUUGAUUCCUGGGUGGGUUCUAUAUAGAUACCCAAAAUUUCUAAUUGUGGGUUCUAUAUAGAUACCCAAAAUUUCUAAUCGCAACAGUCAUCAAAUCCGUCUUCUCAUGUAACUUCCAAUAAAGCACUUGUCUUGCAGAAAGCAUGCACCAGAGCCUCUGAAUACAUUGUUAUGCAAGGUCAGAAGUCUGUUCCCACGAUCUUAAUCUGUUUGCAGCUGCGAAGCUCCCCAGUUCAAGUUUAAUAACAGUUUCACAAGCUCCCUCUAGGGGAAGAACCUCUAUUUGUAUCAAUCUCUUUUCUUUUUUUUCUUUCUUUUUUUAACAGCAGAUCUAACAACAAAGUUUCCUUUUUCAGAUAUUUUGUCAGUAUUUGUUCCUUUAAAAUGCGAAAGAGAACAAUGGAAUCACUAUGUUUCUCUUCUUUUAACUGUCUGUCAAAAACAUUUGUCUAUAGUCAAUGAACUUCCCAAAAACGUCUGUCCUGACACCCCGUUCCCAGGUUCAAGACGGUGGAAAAUUACUUUUCUUUACACUCUCUUCUGCAGGUUUAAACAGUCUGGAAAAAAAUCCCCCCUCUUCUCCUGCUUCCGAAGGGGGUUCAGUAGUUUUAGAUGAUGAAAGUUGAUCCGUUACAAACGGUUUUCUAAACUCUAGUUUGCCAUGUCUUUGCUUUAAUCUAUCUACAAGAAACGGAAGGCUGACUUCCUGUUUAGACCUUCCCGCUUCAGUGCCAAAUUAAGAAGAAUUUCUUAGUCCAAUUUUCCGUUCUACUCACAGAUCGUUGUUUAAAGUCCAAUUGUCCAAAUUUGAUCUGCUCACGGGUAGUUGUUUUUGUAGCCAAAUUGUCCCAGGAAAAAGGUAGCGCUCUCCGGCAACGGCUGUGCGGCUUCGCUCCACGGAAGAAGCAGCUGACUCUCAGCACCGCGCCACUAGCCCCUCUUCACUCCGGAGCCUGUAAUUGGGUUCCUUUACGAAUUGGGGGGGGGGCGCAAAUGGUGCCCGCCGAGUCCCAUGGUCACAGGCUUCAUCCGCCUGUGAUUUUUUAAAGGGUCCCCGCUUCGCCGUAGCGGAACAGACCCGUUUUCUGUGGAGCCAGUCCCUCCGGAUCAGAGGGAAUCCACCAUUACCGAUAGCGCCACCCCGGAAGUCCGGAAGUCCCCAGUUUCCACGGGUUAAAGGCAGGGGUUAGAUAAUUUAUUACGGCCAAAGACCAGCUCAGAUAACAUAACACCAUGAAAACAGCGUUCAUAAAGGUAAAAUAUACAAUCGGAGCAGAUUGCAGCAAUAGCUCAUGAGUUAAAAUUGAGUGGGAGUCAUUUUGGACCCACAGCUGUCCAUGGAGGCGCAGGUCAGUUCUGUGUCCAGAGCGGCUGUCUCCCAGCUCCAUCUGGUAUGCAGGAUGAGACCCUCCCUGAUCGCAGACUGUCUCGCCAGAGUGAUAAAUGCUCUAGUUAUCUCCCGCUUGGACUACUGCAAUGCACUCUACGUGGGGCUACCUUUGAAGGUGACCUGGAAACUGCAAUUAAUCCAGAAUGCGGCAGCUAGACUGAUGACUGGGAGCGGCCGCCGAGACCAUAUAACACUGGUCUUGAAAGACCUACAGUGGCUCCCAGUACGUUUCCAAGCACAAUUCAAAGUGUUGGUGCUGACCUUGAAAGCCCUAAACGGCCUCGGUCCAGUAUAUCUGAAGGAGUGUCUCCACCCCCAUCGUUCUGCCCGGACACUGAGGUCCAGCUCCGAGGACCUUCUGGCGGUUCCCUCAUUGCAAGAAGCAAAGCUACAGGGAAUCAGGCAGAGGGCCUUCUCGGUGGUGGCGCCCGCCCUGUGCAACACCCUCCCAUCAGAUGCCAAAGAGAUAAACUACCACCUGACAUUCAGAAGGCAUCUGAAGGCAGCCCUGUUCAGGGAAGUUUUUAAUGUGUGACAUUUUAGUAUAUUUUUGGUCUUUGUUGGUAGCCGCCCAGAGUGGCUAGGGAAACCCAGCCAGAUGGGCGGGGUACAAAUUAUUAUUAUAUUAUUAUUUCUGCCUUCGGCUUCCUUUUCCAGAGAAUGGGCUGAAAUACAAGAGCAAAAGGAAUGCCAGGAACUGAUUUGGCUGCUGGAAUCUAAGAACCUCUUCUUCGGAAAGUGAGUAUUGACACAGGUCAGUGGCCAGCGCUAGAGGUCGCAAGCGACUCACGGGCUUGUUCCGGCUUGUGACCCGAAAUCUACCUCCGCUACCAUCACUUUUCUGGUCCCAUCUCAAAUUCCUGCCCGCGGCUUCCAAAACUUCACCGCCUCUCUACCUUCUCUCCAUCUAAGCACCGCGAGCGAGCCUUUGCCAACAUGGCGCCCCCCAUACUACAAUUCCCAGCAUUACAUAUCUUUAGGGGCCAGGUGAAAAUGUUCAUUUUCAACCAGGCCUUGGGCUGAUUAACAUCUUAUUCUCCUUUUAAUGUGUUUGGGGGAGGGGGCUUAUUGGUUUGUUUUUGUUUUUAUUGUGUAAUAUAGAUAGAGAGAUGAUAGCUUAGAUGAUAGAUAGAUAGAGAGAUAGAUAGAGAGAUAGAGAGAUAGAGAGAUAGAUAUAGAUGAUAGAUACAUAGAUAGAUAGAUAGAUAGAUAGAUAGAUAGAUAGAUAGAUAUAGACAAAUAGAUAUAGAUGAUCGAUAGAUAGGUGAUAGAAUGCUGUGAACUGCCCCAAGGUCUACAGAUAAAGGGCAACAUGCAAAUUUAAUAAACAAACAAACAAAACAAAACAAAAGUUCCAGUCUCUACCCUCCACACAUUUACCUACCUAUGGUUUAUUUACCCUGGUUUCAUUUCAUGUCUGUUUGCGUUUGGCGAUGAGGUGAAAUUGUACAUUGUCUGUGCAUAUUGCCAUCAGAUCGUGUUAAAAGGGAGCAGGCUGUGAGUCACAGAGCCUGCGUAUUUCCUGUUCACAGGAUGUUUAUGUUUUCUGUUGCUUUCGUUUUCUCUCUGUGUCGUAGACACUAAAGCAGGCAGUCAUGUUUUUCUGUGUUCUGAUCAACGCUGAAUAAACUUGUAAAUAAUGCUCUCCUGAGUGCAACUUUUCGCUGUGCAUUAUCUGCUGAUAGAGCGUGCAUGAGCUCUGGAAUGUGGCAAGAUAUUUUCUAGAAACUCAUGUCGCUGCGUGCCUACGGGAGGUCGAUGGAUCGUCCGGCAGACGGCUUGGGGGCCUUGAUGGACUUUAUCUCCCUGGCAGUAUCCCAACAAGCACUGCAUUUUGCAGUCAUCUUGCAUAACCUUUUCGAAAAAUAUUAUUAUUAUUAGUAGUAGUAGUAGUAGUAGUAUUAAGGGAUGCAGGUGGCGCUGUGGGUUAAACCACAGAGCCUAGGACUUGCCAAUCAGAAGGUCGGUGGUUCGAAUCCCCGUGAUGGGGUGAGCUCCCGUUGCUCGGUCCCUGCUCCAGCCAGCCUAGCAGUUUGAAAACACGUCAAAGUGCAAGUAGAUAAAUAGGUACCGCUCUGGCGGGAAGGUAAACGGCGUUUCCAUGCGCUGCUCUGGUUUGCCAGAAGCGGCUUAGUCAUGCUGGCCACAUGACCCGGAAGCUGUACGCCGGCUCCCUCAGCCAGUAAAGCGAAAUGAGCGCCGCAACCCCAGAGUCGGCCACGACUGGACCUAAUGGUCAGGGGUCCCUUUACCUUUACCUAGUAGUAGUAUUAAUUUUAUUUAAAAAGCACACCCACCAGAUACCAGGUACAAUUCCACACAGCCCUGACCAGAAAGCGAAGUCCUGCUGCGUGAGAGUCUUUGGUCUCCUUCUCUCUUUCUCUCUCCCGGUGGCAGCUUCCAGUACCGCAAGACGUCCAGGAAUCAGAAAAGGAUCCGUGCUGUCAAGAAGUGGGAUAUCUGGACUGAGGACAAGAAUAUCUUGGAGCACGUGCUGCUUACGGAGGAAUGCCAGUGGGACCCGGAUGCGGCAGUUGUGGCCCAGUACAGGUAAAAAUACCCUUCAGCGAGAUGCCCUUGGAGGCGACAGGUGAGGAGGUGUGUGGACCACCUGCCUUUCCCAGUGCAUCCCUAACCUGCCUUCCCUUCCCUUUGCAGGGCAGAACUGGGCCAAUGUUGCAACGCUUCCUCCUUGCUCAUCCUGACCAAGGAAAACACCCCUCUGGGAUCAAACAUCGUCUUUGGGAAGGACGGACGAAAAGUGCCCGUGAGACCUGACCUCGUGGACCUGCUCCCUGAGGUGCUGGGAAGACUGUUGUUGUUGUUGUUGUGUACCUGAAGGAGCGUCUCCACCCCCACCGUUCUACCCGGACACUGAGGUCCAGCGCUGAGGGCUUUCUGGCGGUUCCCUGCCUGCGAGAAUUGAGGUUACAGGGAACCAGGCAGAGGGCCUUCUCGGUGGUGGCACCAGCCCUGUGGAACGCCCUCCCACCAGAUGUCAAAGAGAACAACAACUACCAAACUUUUAGAAGACAUCUGAAGGCAGCCCUGUUUAGGGAAGUUUUUAACGUUUGAUACAUUACUGUAUUUUAAUAUUUUGUUGAAAGCUGCCCAGAGUGGCUGGGGAAGCCCAGCCAGAUGGGCGGGGUAUAAAUAAUAAUUUAGUAUUAUUAUUAUUACCACUACUACAGUGGUACCUUGGUUCUCAAACGCCUUGGUACUUAAACAACUUGGAACGCAAACACUGCAAAACUGGAAGCAAGUGUUCUGGUCGGACGAUCUGAGCGUCUGAGUGCCACACUUCCGUUUUGAGUGUUACGCCAAGUUUUUUGCUGUUUAUUUUGCGUUUUUGCGGCUCUUUGUGUGUGUGUGACUGUGUGGAACCUAGUUCCGCGAUUGAUUGAUUGAUUGAUUGAUUGUGUGACUGCAGUACACUGUUUAUUUCUUUCAUUUUAUGGAUCAAUGGUCUCGUUAAAUCGUAAAAUUCAUGUUAAAUGGCUGUUUCCGGGGUUGCUUUUAAAAGUCUGAAACGGAUUCAUCCGUUUUGCAUGACUUUCUAUGGGAAAGCGUGCCUUGGGUUUGGAACGCUUUGGUUUUGGGACGGACUUCCGGAACGGAUUAAAUUUGAGAACCAAGGUACCACUGUAUUAUUAUAAUUUCCUUCUCUUCCUUGGCAAGGAGCUCAAAAUGGCUUCAGAAUUGCUCUCUCGUACUAUUUCAGACACAUGGGUCUUAUAUUUAGAUGUGUGUGCAUUUGUGAAUAUUUCUUCUAUAUUUGAGGCCUUAGAAUUCUUAUAACAUACCCUUGGGGUCUCCCAGGGUGGAAUCAGCCUUUGGCCAAACUGCCCCCCCCCCCCGGCGAACACAGGGAUGCCCAGGGCCACACUCCUGCGUACAAAACCCAGCGUUUCUUUCGCACGUCGAUUCUGAAAACGUUUUAAGACACAGAUGUUUCGAAAUCUCUCCCUUCCCCCUCGAAACCUCCAGAGAUCCAUCUUCUCAGAAGUUCAGUACGAGCAUUGCGCCGUGGUGGGCAAUGGCGGGAUCUUGCAGAGGAGCCGCUGCGGGAAAGAGAUCAACCAGGCAGACUUCGUAAUCAGGUAACUCUUCUUUGAGAGUGAUUCAGAGCCCUUGAGGUAGGGGGAAUGUUCCUUACUACACUUGGGAACACCCUGCCGAUUGAGAUCAGGCAAGUGCCUUUGCUGUAGUACCCUUUGGGCCAAAAUAUUGUUUAGGCCAGCCUACCGGGGUGUUUUGGGACGCGGGUGGCGCUGCGGGUUAAACCACAAAGCCUAGGACUUGCCAAUAAGAAGGUCGGUGGUUUGAAUCCCCGCGAUGGGGUGAGCUCCCGUUGCUCAGUCCCUGCUCCUGCCAACCUAGCAGUUCGAAAGCACGUCAAAGUGCAAGUAGAUAAAUAUUAUUAUUUUUUUAAAAAAUGAUAUUUAUUACUUUUCGAACAGUUUCAACACAACACUACAAACACAAAAAAAGGGAAAAAAAGAACAAUACAAAUACAAUACAAAAACACUGCAUACAAAACAAAACAAAAACAAUUUAAAAACACCUCAAACAUUUUCAGUAUCUUAUCUUUCAUUCGCUUAUUUCCAACGACCUCCUCUCACCUCCCUUUUUGUAUUCCACUUCUAUUAAUUGUUUCAGCAAUUCCUUUCCAUCUUCCUCUGUUUUCUAUCCUAUAAUUAUCUUAACACAUUCUUACCUUAUUUUUUCCUUUAAUUUUCUGUUAAUCUAUUUAUACUUAAUUCCUUAUAACAUUUAUACUAAAGCCAUAUAACUUCAUUUCAACAUUCUUCUAACAUUCAAUAAUUUUACAAUAUUUCUAUAAAUAGUCUUUAAACUUUUUCCAGUCUUCUUCCCCCGACUCUUCUCCCUGGUCUCGGAUCUUGCCAGUCAUUUCCACCAAUUCCAUAUAGUCCAUCAACUUCAUCUGCCAUUAUCCAACACUUAAGUGCUUUCAAGAAGCAACCAUUCUCUCAGCCAGCAAAAAGCAGAUGGUUCACAACAAAGUUUAGGGGUCUGGCAGGGCAAGUCCACCUCCUUCUUUGGCAUCCGUCAAUAUCUUAAAUUUUACUCGAGGCUUCCUGCCCUGCCAAACAAAUCUAGAGACGUCCCUCUGCCACCUCCUGAAACAAUCCAUCCCAUCCAAAGCUUGCAAUGUUUGAAACAAAAGCAACAUCCCCGACAACACAGCAACCCUCAUCCCCACCACAGCAACUCGGCCCAACAAUAGCAACUUCAGAUUUGUCCAUAUUUCCAAAUCCCCUUUCUCUUCAAUCCAUCGUCCUUCACAGUUAUCCUUGAAUAAAUUCACAUUUCUGGCGGUCAUACUAACCCCCAAAUACCUCUCUUUCUCAACCGAUGUUAGUCCUGUUUCCUCCUGAAACUCUGUCAAACUUUCUUUUUCCUCAGGUAGGGCUCUGAUCCUCAAAUUCAUCUGUUUCUCUUUAAGUUCAAUCAUAACCAAUGUCAGCUUAUGUUCAUCAAGUUGUCCUUGUAUGGAUGGGACUCUCUCUCCAGUUGUGUUGCUUUACAUUCAGCAGCAAGGGUUUUCUCCUCAACUUCAUCCGCAGUUUGCCGUGUCAAAGUAGAUUCCUGUAUCAAUUUCUGGAUGGUUUCUGUAUUGGUAUUCACCUUUUGUCCCAGAUUAUUUAAACUUUCUGCCAUUAAGUCUAUUUUAAUAUUUGCAGCAUCCACUUUCACAUUUAUCACGUCUGUUUUCUUGUGAAGCUGUUCCAGCAAAUCAUUUAUUUUCACUAAUACGACCGCUAAGGCCUCUUCUGUCGACAUUCCGUCUGUUUUUUCCUUUCCAUUUGCCAUAACACUUAAGAGAUUCAAGGUCAAUCCCAAAGUCUCACGAUUUUUUAUCUUGCAGCUGGAAAUUCCCCUAGCCCAGCUCCUGUAGAGCAACCAAUUUCAAAAGCUUCCACUAGGGGAAAACAGGGGAAAACAAUUUUUGGCAAUCAAUAACCCUGACGCCGCCAACCUAGCAGUUCGAAAGCACAUCAAAGUGCAAGUAGAUAAAUAGGUACCGCUCCGGCGGGAAGGUAAACGGCGUUUCCGUGCGCUGCUCUGGUUCGCCAGAAGCAGCUUAGUCAUGCUGGCCACAUGACUUGGAAGCUGUAUGCCGGCUCCCUCGGCCAAUAAAGCAAGAUGAGCGCCGCAACCCCAGAGUCGGCCAUGACUGGACCUAAUGGUCAGUAGUCCCUGUACCUUUACCUGGGUGUUUUAAAAAGUGAGGCGAGCUUUAACCUGUUUUCAACCUGUUGUUAUUUUAACUUUUGAAAGUAUUCGGUUAUUGAUAAAAAAACAAAUAAAUCUUGUUGGUGUACAUACUGAUUGAUUUUGUUUUUGAGGGUUUAUUUUUUUAAUCCAGUGGUCUAUAAAUUUUAUGAACUGGAUAUAUGGAUGAAUCACAAAGCCAUGGUUCAUUCAGCUAAUGCAUGCUGCCGAAUUUGCUCGGCUCAAGUUCAGCAGAUGAAGGAAGGAAGGAAGGAAGGAAGGAAGGAAGGGGGGCGGCUUUCUGGAAUUGUUCUCAAAUAGAAAUUAAAUCUGAUCAGGCCCAGAUCUCUUGAUAUGGUAAAGGUAAAGGUAAAGGGACCCCUGACCAUUAGGUCCAGUCACGGUAACAUAUCCCUCCUUGAUAUGUAACGUAUCCCUCCUUGAUAUGUUAGGAUGCCAUCAAUACCCCUGGAACGUAAAACACUUCUGCUUGGUUAUCUAAAAGGCACUAGUCUGGAAAAUGAUGCAAAAAUAACGUUCAACCUGCUACUAAGAUAAGGUUACCAGAUUUUUUUCAAUGAAUCUGGGGGGCGCUUUUCAACUUCAGUAGAAAUGAUAGGAUUUUGUCAGGGGCCUGAUUUGUAAAUCCAGGGACUGUCCCCGGGAAAUGGGGACGUCUGGUAACCUUAUACUAAGAUUGUAACAGCUAAAUAUUGGGAUGGUACAGCAGCAAAUCUCCUACAUUUAUGAAAUAAGUAAAUAGGAGAGUGUUUAUCUGAAAGCUGACGCAGACUUGGAUUUCCUCUUCCAUCUCACCCUCUCCUCUUGCAAUCCAGGUUCAGCUUGCCUCCCGCCAGGAAUUCCUCAGAAGAUGUGGGGUCCAAGACGAGUCUGGUGGCCUUGAACCUCAGCAGCCUGGACUCCAAGUAAGAGGAGUGGGGGGCCGGAGGGGGGGUGGCAUGCUGAGAUGGUGCAGUUGGCGAUGCUGAGCAGCUGCCUCACCCCAAAUUAGGUCCGAACUGAUGCUGGCCUGCUCUCCCAAGAGCGACACUGAGCUCAGCGUAGCUCGCCGGAAUAGCAAAACAUUUAAAAAUCAGCAAAAUGUUAAAAAAAAAAAAACCAACACACAACAGCACAUGAAUAGCGCAAAACCAAGCAGCUCAAGAAAGAGCUAAUGCUGUUCGAUACAAGCUCAUGAUUUAAUUGUUCAAAAAGGGCCUUGUGCAUAAACAAUGGCCGAAAAAGGGCUUCUGUGCCCCAGCGAAAGGGGUUUCGGCACAUCAGAAGAGGCAUUGGCUUCAUCAGGCCCAUGUUGGACUCAGUGGCGUAGCAGGGUCAGGUGGUACCUGGUGCAGAAACGGCCUUCUUCCAGUAUACCUGAAGGAGCGUCUCCACACCCAUUGUUCUGCCCGGACACUGAGGUCCAGCUCUGAGGGCCUUCUGGCGGUUCCCUCCCUGCGAGAAGUGAGGUUACAGGGAACCAGACAGAGGGCCUUCUUGAUGGUGGCGCCUGCCCUGUGGAACGCCCUCCCAUCAGAUGUCAAGGAAAUAAACAAAUAUCUGACCUUUUGAAGACAUCUGAAGGCAGCCCUGUUUAGGGAAGUUGUUAAUGUUGUAUUUAUCGUGUUUUUAAUAUUCUGUUGGGAGACGACCAGAGUGGCAGGUGAAACCCAGCCAGAUGGGUGAGGUAUAAAUUAUUAUUAUUAUUAUUAUUAUUAUUAUUAUUAUUACAGUGGUAACUCGGGUUAAAAACUUAAUUCAUUCCGGAGGUCCGUUCUUAACCUGAAACUGUUCUUAACCUGAAGCACCACUUUAGCUAAUGGAGCUAAUUUCUGUUCUCAUCCUGAAGCAAAGUUCUUAACCCGAGGUACUAUUUCUGAGUAAGCGGAGUCUGUAAUGUGAAGCAUCUGUAACCUGAAGCGUCUGUAACCCGAGGUAAAGGUAAAGGGACCCCUGACCUUUAGGUCCAGUCGUGGCCGACUCUGGGGUUGUGCUCAUCUCGCUUUAUUGGCUGAGGGAGCCGGCAUACAGCUUCCUUCCGGGUCAUGUGGCCAGCGCGACUAAGCUGCUUCUGGCGAACCAGAGCAGCGCACGGAAAUGCCAUUUACCUUCCCGCCGGAGUGGUACCUAUUUUUCUACUUGCACUUUGACGUGCUUUCGAACUGCUAGGUUGGCAGGAGCAGGGACCGAGCAACGGGAGCUCACCCCGUCGUGGGGAUUCGAACCGCCGACCUUCUGAUUGGCAAGUCCUAGGCUCUGUGGUUUAACCCACAGCGCCACCCGCGUCCCUCCGUAACCCGAGGUGCCGCUAUAUUAUUAUGUAUGCCCACGCAUGUGUUACUUGUUUCCUGAAGGCAGCUUCUUUCUCCUUUCCUCCUCCCACAGGUACCAGGGCUCCCAGAGGAAGCGUCUUGCGGAUGCCCUGCGCCCCUACCGGGAUGCCCUCCUCCUCCUCCUCCUCCCCACCCUCCAAAGCCGUGCCAGGAACCCCCCUCUGCACUCGCUGGAGGACUCGGACGUGCUGCAACGGGCCUCCUUCUUGAACCCCCAGUACCUGGACGCCCUGGGGAGCUACUGGACCGGCGAGGGCUUCCAGCCCGAGUGCCUCUCGCCCAACUUCGCCUUCGUCAGCCUGGCUCUGGAGCUCUGCCAGCGCAUCACUCUCUACGGGUUCUGGCCCUUCGCGCAUGGCCUGAGCGGCCAGCCCUUCCCACGCCACUCCCAGGUGCGCAUCAGGCCCCGCGAGUUCUCCUGCUACCUGAAGAUGUACCUGCAGGGCAUCCUGAGACUGCGGCUGGGCAAAUGUCAGUGAGAAACAGGAAAAUCUCUCUCUCUGGGGUAAGGAGGAGGUUGCGUUUCCAAACAGGCACCUCUUGAAGGUUUUCGUGCAGACUUCAGUUCCGGCGUGGGCAAGCCAUUUUGGAGAAGCUUUCGGUGUUGCUGGACUCCAUCUCCCAUCUUCCACCAGGAGCGCAGAGGGAUGAUGGGAGCUGGAGUCCGGCCAUACUGCUUGGAGGGACCCCACGGGCUUCUGGAGGAGGAACAGGGUUGUUUAGUACUACCAGAGUCUCCCGAAUGGGGAAAAGGGGGUCCUUUCAGAAGGCUAACAUCGUCCCCCUGCUCUUUUUCUGAGAGUAGAGUUCUGUGAACAGCCUGAACGAAGAGCUGGAGGUGGACGUGCGCCCCUGCACCCCAGAAAUAAGUGUCGGGCAAUGGACAUCUAGGACCCAUCCCCAUAACUAGCCCUUCAGUCUAGAGAACCAGCUAGUUGUCACGGCUUGCAAAGCCCCCUUUCGACCAAGCUGCGUCUUCUUUCCCUGUUCUUGGCCCUCUGCCUUUGCCGCAAGUGGUCAAAAUGGUCUCAGGGGCCAAAUGGGUAGGGCUGGCCGGCUGCAGGGCCAUGCAAACAGAGGUUUCCCCGUCCCCGGAUAAGGGAGGUCAUUGGUGCACUCCUAAGGGGGACAGUCUUCCAGCCGUGGAGACGGAGGUACAAGGAACCCCCCAAAUUUGUCUGCAGUGCAAGGGCGUUCAAACCUCAGCCUCUUAUUCCGGCUGCUCCUAAAGAUUCGGAAGCCAGGAACCACCGUAACCGGAAGUGAGGAUUUCCCCCGGUAGAGUUUCUCGCUUUGUUGUGUUUGUGGGAUGUCUGUGGCGGAGAGCAGGAACUGGCCAUCACACUGCCUUCUUCAUCUCAGCUCUUUGGAAAACUACUCGGUCCGUUUUGGAGCACAUCAAAGUGCAUUGCUGGGCGCUUGGGCAGAAAGUUGCCCUUGCCAGGGAAGCAGAAAAACACUUCCCAGAUUUAUAGCGGAGCAAUAGGCGGUCUGCUCCCCAACCUGCUUUCCACGCCAAUCCUACUUUUACUGUGUUGUUAGUUGUUGUUUUACACCUGAAUGCUUUUUCGUGUGUUCUGUUGAGGCCGCAGGGCCCGGGUUCAUGUCUGUUCAGAUCUUCAGAAACAAAUGUAAAGAGAAAUCAGAGAGGUUCUGAAAUAAAACUUGAUACAAGCAAAGCUCUGCUUUCCCCAACAGCAACUCAGCUUGCAUAGAACUUAAGUCUUCAUUCAACUCCGAAGCCUCAGCUGGGGUCUGCAAAGGUCUUUGUUCAUCUUCCCCACUAGAGUCAAGAGGAGGACUUAUAGAGGAAAUGGCAGGUCAGUCAUCUUAAGAAAAAAGCACACCAAGAACUCAGGCCAAUGUGAGUUUCAACAGUGGGAGUGGUCCCUACUCACAAUUCAAUAGUCGAUAGAAACAAGCUUUUCUGUGCGCACUUAGAUCUACCCACACGUAGUUGUUUUCCUUGAGAAAGGUAGAGAAUAACAGGACAUAUUUAUCCGAAAGUCCUCAAACUUACAAACUUCAAACUUAAAAAUUAGCUGAUGAAGGUGAAUACAUCGAAACAGGGUCCUGUCCUGGUUUCCAAUCCAUAACUGACUUCUGCUCAAUGAUUGAAACUGAGUCUCCAUCUGCAAGCUGAUAAAUCAUAAGGAUCAACGUUAUUGUUGAGUGAAAAGGAG